AUGGAAGGAAGUGAUAGGGAUAGACCAUCAGCGCGUCAUGGGGACGAUUCACAACCGUCAUAUGGACAACCUUUGCUCAAUCCCAUAAGCUACCAGAACGAAUAUUCUCAGGAAGCUCAGUACAGACAGCAACACCCAUCUUACGCCUCGAACCAUAUUGUAUACAACAUCCCUCAACCGUCACAGGGUUCUAACUAUGCGCCGGGUUACCCACCACGACAGAAUGCUGCGAUAGAAGUACUAUCGAGUCAAUUUUCUGGUGCUUCUCAAUACUACGGAGACUCACCAACCUCUGCUCCACAUCACCAAUCGUCCUCACAGUUUUCAAGUCCUUCGUACGCUCAGUACAGUCCCACUCCAGGUCGGCUUCCACAUACGUACACUUCCAACCUUCCAGAAUUGAACCAGCCGACUGCGCCGGAACCAGUUCAGAAUGAUAAUGAAUUUGCGCAACAACAUCACGCCGCGGCCCUGGAUGAUGCUUACAAUCAGUAUCAAGGCGCCUUGAAACGCACGUUUCAAAACAUGCAAGAUGGUCGAUUGGGCGAGGCAGGGACAUCGCUCCUCACGAUUUCCGACUGGUUAUUAACAAAUGCUGUUGAGUUGGGAUUAGUUCGCGACGAGCAAGAAUUGUACGGAGACCGGACAAGGUUGUGGAACGAAUUCAACACUUGCUGGUUGGUAGUACUACAAAAGGAGAAGGAGAUGAUUACCGAGUUCAACGCUACGGGCCAGGCGCCUCUGCCCCCACGAGAAAUCAUUCGGGAGGAUAUGCUGGAGAGGAUGGGACGGGAGUUGAUCGCACUAUGCGAUUCCAUGGAAAGGCAUGGCCUGGUAGACUACCAGAUGGGGGUAUGGGAAGAAGAGAUACUAGGAGCGAUCCAAGAAUGCCUGGAUCUGUUGGAGGGCUCUGGUGCGCCACCAGAAAGAUCUGCUUCAGCUUCAGCCGCGCCUUAG